CGCCCCAUCGCGGUCGCCGCCGCUCCAGCCCGCUCCGUCCCGCUCUGCCCGCGAUGCCGCGGUGGCCGCUGCGGGCGCUGCUGGCGCUGCUGGCCGUGGCCGCCUCGGCGCGGGGCUCGCCGUGCCCCGAGCGCUGCGACCGCUCCCGCUGCCCCGCGCUGCCCUCGCCGUGCCCGGGGGGCGCCGUGCCCGACCCCUGCGGCUGCUGCCGCGUGUGCGGGGCGGCCGAGGGCGAGCCGUGCGGGGACGGGGCGCCGUGCGGGGAGGGGCUGCGCUGCUCCGGGUCGCCGCCCGCCUCGGGCACCGUGCGGCGCCGGGCGGCCCCGGGGCGCUGCGUCUGCCUCAGCGCCGACCCGGUCUGCGGCAGCGACGGCAACACCUACGGCAGCGCGUGCCGCCUGCGCGCCGCCAGCCGCCGCGCCGAGAGCCUGCGGCAGCCGCCGGUCAUCGCCAUCCAGCGCGGAGCCUGCGGGCAGGGCCAAGAACUUCCUAACAGCCUGCGGCACAAAUACAACUUUAUUGCAGAUGUGGUGGAGAAGAUAGCUCCUGCCGUGGUUCACAUCGAAUUGUUUCGCAAACUUCCUUAUUCGAAGAGAGAGAUCCCUGUUGCCAGUGGGUCAGGGUUCAUCGUCUCGGAAGAUGGACUGAUAGUGACAAACGCCCACGUCGUCACCAACAAAAACCGGGUGAAGGUGGAGCUGAAGAAUGGGGAAACAUAUGAAGCUAAAAUUAAAGAUGUUGAUGAAAAAGCUGACAUUGCACUAAUUAAAAUAGAUUCUCAGGGUAAAUUGCCGGUUCUUCUGCUGGGUCAGUCCGCAGACUUGAGGCCGGGAGAAUUCGUGGUCGCGAUUGGGAGUCCGUUUUCCCUGCAAAACACCGUGACGACGGGGAUCGUCAGUACCACUCAGCGCGGGGGGAAGGAGCUGGGGCUCCGCAACUCUGAUAUGGACUACAUCCAGACAGACGCCAUCAUCAACUAUGGAAACUCUGGAGGACCCCUAGUAAAUCUGGAUGGUGAAGUCAUAGGAAUCAACACAUUAAAAGUUACAGCAGGCAUCUCGUUUGCUAUCCCGUCAGAUAAAAUCAAGAAGUUCCUAACUGAAUCCCAUGACAGACAAGCUAAAGGAAAAGCUAUAACAAAAAAGAAAUACAUUGGCAUUCGAAUGAUGUCUCUAACUCCUAGCAAAGCUAGAGAGCUGAAGGAUCAUCAUAAAGACUUCCCUGAUGUUGUCUCUGGGGCCUAUGUUAUUGAAGUCAUUCCAGAAACACCAGCUGAAGCCGGUGGCCUGAAGGACAACGAUGUGAUUAUCAGCAUCAAUGGACAGUCGAUCAGUUCAGCCAGUGAUGUCAGUGACAUCAUUAAAAGGGACAGUACGUUGAACAUGGUCAUACGCAGGGGCAACGAAGAUGUUAUGUUAACAGUAAUUCCUGAAGAAAUCGAUCCCUAACCAGAAACAUGAGCUGGAUUUCAUGUUUUCUUUUAACAGCAUUGGACUGCUUCUGUUCUCUCUGUGCUGGUACAGGAACCGUUAGACUUCUGACCGACAUUCUGCUUGUUCAGUGGAUUAGCAUUGGCCGACAGAGUAACUUCUAAUAGGUUUAAGGUGCAAAACCCGUGUAAUUUCACAUACUCCAGACGAUAAUGUUUUCCUUCUGUAUUAUCUAUGCAAUGUAUUCUUUACUGGCUAUUACAUUUCCCGCUUAACAACUCGACGUUUGCUUCCCUGUGUUGAAUAGAUUUUACGAUUAUUUCCGCUCAGAUCUAAACAAACCCCACGCACACAGUGUGUGUUGUGGUAUUCAGGUAUGUAUAGGUUAGCUGCGUUUUAACUGGAAAUACCGCUGUAAAGGAGUAGUUGGUUUAAAUGAAAACACAAUUGGGGAAAACAAGUUUGGUUUAUAAACACAAAGAAAUCCCAACCGAAAUAACUCUCUGAGGAUCCCAUGCAGGGUUUUAAUACUAUGAUAUUUUCCUAAUGUUAUUAAAAGAAUUCAACAGUU